AUAAAGCAGAUGUGUUUGUUGUGAACUUCAGUAGUGUCUAGACUUUUUUUUUACCAAAGUUGAUUGAAGAAAGAAAGAAAGGAAGAAAGAAAGAAAUCCCAUAAGAGGAAUGAAAUGGAGAAUUUAAAGAAAUAUAUGUCAGUGAAAAAUGAGGAUCCGUUUUAUCAUCAGGGAGCUGUGGAGUUGCUGGUCUUUAACUUUUUGCUCAUCCUUACAAUAUUAACAAUUUGGUUAUUUAAAAAUCAUCGAUUCCGGUUCUUGCAUGAAACAGGAGGAGCCAUGGUGUAUGGUCUCAUAAUGGGAUUGAUAUUACGAUAUGCAACAAAACCAUCAACAUUUGAAAGUGGAACAGUCUAUGAAUGUGACAAGCUGAAAUUUGGCCCACCAACACUAUUUGUUAAUGUAACAAACCAAGUAUAUGAAUAUCAGUACAAAAGAGAAGUCAGCAAACACAACAUCAAUGCUCACCAAGGCAAUGCAAUGCUUCAAAAGAUGACGUUUGAUCCUUCCAUUUUCUUCAAUGUUUUACUGCCACCCAUUAUAUUUCAUGCAGGAUAUAGUCUAAAGAAGAGACAUUUUUUUCGUAACUUGGGAUCAAUUUUAACCUAUGCCUUUUUGGGAACUGCUAUCUCUUGCAUUAUUAUAGGGUUGAUAAUGUAUGGCUUUGUGAAGGCCAUGAUACACAUUGGCCAGUUAAAAGGAGGAGACUUUCACUUCACAGAUUGUUUGUUUUUUGGCUCACUGAUGUCUGCUACAGAUCCAGUGACAGUCCUGGCUAUUUUCCAUGAGCUGCAUGUGGAUACUGAUCUAUAUACACUCCUUUUUGGAGAAAGCGUCCUCAAUGAUGCUGUGGCUAUAGUUCUCACAUAUUCUAUAUCAAUUUACAGUCCCAAGGAGAAUCCUAAUGCAUUUGAUGCUGCUGCUUUCUUCCAAUCCGUGGGGAAUUUCCUAGGGAUCUUUGCUGGAUCGUUUGCCAUGGGGUCCUCCUACGCUGUUGUCACAGCUCUGUUGACAAAAUUUACCAAGUUGUGCGAAUUCCCCAUGUUGGAAACAGGCCUGUUUUUCCUCUUGUCUUGGAGCGCCUUCCUGUCAGCAGAAGCUGCUGGUCUUACAGGAAUUGUUGCAGUCCUUUUUUGUGGAGUCACGCAGGCUCAUUAUACUUACAACAAUUUGUCACCAGAUUCCAAAAUGAGAACUAAACAGUUGUUUGAGUUCAUGAAUUUUUUGGCUGAGAAUGUCAUCUUCUGUUACAUGGGGCUUGCACUGUUCACAUUCCAAAAUCAUAUUUUUAAUGCUUUAUUCAUAUUUGGGGCAUUUGUGGCAAUUUUUAUAGCAAGAGCUUGCAACAUAUAUCCACUCUCUUUCAUUCUGAAUUUGGGUCGGAAACAAAAGAUUCCCAGGAACUUUCAACACAUGAUGAUGUUUUCAGGGUUACGUGGUGCAAUAGCUUUUGCACUGGCUAUCCGGGACACAGAAUCUCAACCAAAGCAAAUGAUGUUCACCACAACGCUGCUUAUUGCAUUCUUCACAGUCUGGGUCUUUGGUGGAGGCACCACUCCAAUGCUCACAUGGCUCCAAAUCAGGGUUGAUGUAGAUCCAGAUGAAGAUCUGAAACCAGAAACUGCAGGUGAGAGAGCUUCUAACAUGGAUAAAAACACAACCAAGGCUGAGAGUGCAUGGCUGUUCAGAAUAUGGUAUGGAUUUGAUCACAAAUAUCUGAAACCUAUUUUAACCCAUGCCGGUCCACCUCUUACAACAACGUUACCAGAAUGGUGUAAUCCUGUUGCCAGGCUACUGACUAGCCCAAGAGCAUACGGAGAUCAGCUGAAGGAUGACGACAUGGACUGCAUCGUAAAUAAUGAUGAACUGACUGUGAAUUAUGAUGCCGGAGCACCUGCCCCAGUGCCAGCACAGGACCAAAUAGACUCACCCCAGACUCCAGGCAAAGAAAACAUUCAUGAAGGAGACCUUGGAUUAGGAGGAUAUGAACUCCAGCUUGAAUACACUCCAGGUCAAUCCCAGUUGACUUCUUUGGCAUGAAUAAUAUAAAUGUAACCACAAGAAAUGCAAGGAAAACAGAGGAGUACAAGCCAAAUAUAUUAGGCAAGAGAGAGAAUAGAAAAUGUAUUAAAAAGGGAUAAAUUGAAGAAAAUCAAAAAACUUUGUCAAUUGUAUCCCAUGUUGCCUGAAGGAAGGCGAGUUUAUCAUCAUCUAUCCAUAUUAUACGGCUACAUUUUUUUUUUUUUUUUAUAAA